AUGGACACUGCCGAGUUUCGGAAGAGAGGUCGAGAGAUGGUCGAUUAUAUCGCCGAUUAUCUCGAAUCGAUAUCACAGCGAAGGGUCACUCCAAAUGUCGAGCCAGGAUAUCUGAGAAAUCUGAUUCCUAGCGCUGCACCCAAGCAAGGGGAAGACUGGGGUGACAUCAUAAAAGAUGUCGAAAGGUACAUCAUGCCUGGGGUAACACAUUGGCAGCAUCCCAGAUUCCACGCCUACUUUCCAGCUGGCAAUGCAUAUCCUUCAAUACUUGCAGACAUGCUGUCAGAUGCAAUUGGUUGCGUAGGUUUCUCAUGGGCUGCAAGUCCAGCAUGUACAGAAUUAGAAACAAUUAUGCUAGAUUGGUUAGGGAAAAUGAUUGGACUUCCGGAAGAUUUCCUGUGUCUUUCAGAUAAAAGUAAAGGAGGAGGUGUAAUACAGGGUUCUGCCAGUGACUGCAUUUUAGUUAAUCUCUUAGCUGCACGCCAUCAAGCAAUUAAAGCAUUAAAACAAGAGAAACCCUUUGUUGAAGAAGGAACAUUGCUUUCAUCGCUCAUGGCAUACUGCUCCAAAGAAGCUCAUUCAAGUGUUGAAAAAGCUGCUAUGAUAGGGUUUGUAAAGCUACGAAUCCUAGACACUGAUGAAAAGUUUCAACUGCGAGGAGCAACCUUAGCAAAAGCAAUGGAGGAAGAUAGAAAUAUGGGAUUAAUACCAUUUUUCGUUGCUGCGACGCUUGGGACGACAUCUUGUUGUUCGUUUGAUCCAGUUCACGAAAUCGGGCCAGUAUGUGAAAAGUACGGAGUUUGGUUGCAUGUUGAUGCAGCUUACGCGGGUAGUGCCUUAAUUUGUCCCGAAUUUCAACAUUUAUUAAAGGGCAUUGAAUAUGCGAUGUCAUUUAAUAUGAAUCCUAAUAAAUGGAUGUUGGUGAAUUUUGACUGUUCAACAAUGUGGGUCAAAGACCGUUUCAAAUUAACACAAGCACUAGUUGUUGAUCCAUUAUAUUUACAACACAGUUUUUCAGAUAAAUCAAUUGAUUAUCGACAUUGGGGUAUUCCUCUUAGUCGGCGUUUUCGUUCCUUAAAGUUAUGGUUUGUCAUCAGAAAGUACGGUAUUGAAGGUCUUCAAAAGUACAUUCGUGAACACGUAAGACUUGCUAAGAAAUUUGAAAGCUUAGUUCGCAAAGAUGAGAGAUUUGUGGUCGCGAAUCAAGUACAUUUUGGACUUGUAUGCUUUCGACUUAAGGGUUCAAACAGUCUGAAUCAAAAACUUCUGUCCUCAAUCAAUGCUUCAGGAAAGUUACACAUGGUACCAGCUUCUUUGAGCGGAAAUUACGUCAUUAGAUUCUGUGUUUGUGCACAACAUGCUACAGAUGCAGAUAUAGUUCAUGCAUGGGAUGUUAUUACAAUGUUCACUGAAGAGUUGUUAGAAAUCGUUAAAGUGGAUGUUAAGGAAGAAGAAGAGGAGGAAGAAGAAGAAGAGAAGGAAAUCAAAGAGCACGUGGAGGAAUCCGUGGACGAAGUUUUCUUACUGGAGCGUAAACGAAAGCAUAGUUUGAAAUACAAGCGAAGCUUUUUCGUUCGCAUGGUUUCUGAUCCAAAGUUGUACAAUCCCAAGAUUGUUCGCGCACUUUCUUCAACUGGUAGUCGUAGACAUACCAGUGACCCAGUCGAUAGUGAAACAGGAGUAAUUACACCUGUUUAA